GCGACAGAAAGUCAAGAAAAUGGCUGCCCUCGAUGGCCACACCUCGAUCUGUUGAGUGCAGUGUAGAACGAUCGUGGGACAAAUCCCACCGGCGGGACGUUUCCGCGCAUGCGCCAGUGACGUCAUCGCCCCCACGUGACCGAUUUUCGCAGACUCUUCAACAUUUUCUAGAUUUUCUUUUGCCGCAAAAGGUACAACGAUACUCUUAUUACGGUGAAGUAUAUACGCUACUUAAGCGCUACUGCACACGCGCGGGUUUGUCGUAUGAUCUUUCCACAUUGGUCGAAUGUGCGGCGAUCGGUCGCGAUGGUAGGGCGAGAGAUGCUUUUCGGACACACAUCUCAGGAAUGCACCGAGGACGUCCAAAUGCCGGGGUCCGAAUGUCGCGUGACUCGCCCACUUGUCCGCGUGUCUGGUUUAUCCGCUAUCAAACCGGGUCGGCAUUCAUAAAUUGAUUAGAUCGAAUGGACACACAUUGAUUUCGCGAUACAUAAAUAUUAAUAAUCCUCGUGACAACGUAACUUUCGCGUCGUAGAACGGUUCCGAUCGAUCGUACAAAGAAAUUUAGUAUCUCAUCGUGUGAGUGUAUCCAACGAAAAUAAACAACAUUCACGUAGAAACAGACCCAGAUAGCACAAGGAUGUUCUUA